GGGCGGCCGUGGGGCUGCGCGAACCGCGCCCCGCAGGCCCGUGCUGCACCCCUGCGCUGUGAGAGGCGCGGGGCCCCGGGACCCGGGUGCGCGGGGUCGGGGUCUCGGUUCCGGCGCUCUGGAGCAGUUGACACCCCGCCGCUGUCCCUGACCUGAGGCGUUCCCGCCUGCCCGGUGCGGUACAUAAACCUCGGCCCCGCUCCGCUGCCCUGCGGCCAUGGCCGGCGCGGGGGGCCGAGCCCCGCUGGGUCUGCGGCGCUGCCUGUCCUCGCUUGCACCGGCGCCUCGGGUCUGCGUGGUGGGCAGCGGCCCCGCCGGCUUCUACACGGCUCAGCACAUCCUCAAGCACCAUGGUGGGGCCCUGGUGGACAUCUAUGAGAAGCUGCCCGUUCCCUUCGGGCUCGUCCGUUUUGGAGUGGCCCCAGACCACCCUGAGGUGAAGAACGUGAUCAACACCUUCACCCAGACAGCCCAGUCAGAGCGCUGCGCCUACUACGGGAAUGUCACCGUGGGAAGGGAUGUGACAGUGCCAGAGCUGCAGCGGGCGUACCACGCCGUGGUGCUGAGUUAUGGUGCUGAAGACAACCGGGUCCUGGGGAUCCCAGGGGAGAACCUCACUGGUGUUUACUCGGCCCGAGCCUUUGUGGGCUGGUACAACGGGCUGCCCGAGAACCAGGGUCUAAAGCCUGACCUGAGCUGUGAGACAGCACUGAUUCUGGGCCAUGGCAACGUGGCACUGGACAUUGCCCGGAUCCUGCUGUCCCCACUGCAGCUCCUCAGGAAGACAGACAUCACUGACAGUUCCCUGGCAGCUCUUGCUUGCAGCAAGGUGAAGCGUGUCUGGCUGGUUGGGAGGAGGGGACCUCUCCAAGUUGCUUUCACCAUCAAGGAGCUGCGGGAGAUGAUAAACCUGCCUGGUGCCAGAGCUGUCCUGGACCCUGCUGACUUCACAGGGCUCGAAAGUGCUGUCAAAGAUGCUCCCAGGUCCAGGAAGCGACUGACUGAGCUGAUGAUGAAAACAGCCCUGGAGAAGCCAGUGGAGGUGCCAGCGGGGGCAGCAGCCCCCCGGGAGUGGGGGCUGAAGUUCCAGCGCAGCCCCCAGGCAGUGCUGCCCAGUGCUGAUGGGAGGAAGGCGAGGGGCGUCCGCAUGGCCCUGACCCGCCUGGAGGGCUCAGGUGACUCUGCCAAAGCCGUUCCCACUGGAGAUGUGGAGGAGCUGGAGUGUGGGCUGGUGCUCAGCAGCAUUGGCUACCGGAGCCCCCUGCCGCUGGACCCGGCUGUGCCCUUCGACAGCCGGCGCGGGGUCAUCCCCAACAGCUCGGGCAGAGUGGAGGGUGUGCCAGGUCUGUACUGCAGCGGGUGGGUGAAGAGAGGACCCACAGGCGUGAUCAUCACCACCAUGAACGACAGCUUUGACACUGCCCAGUCUGUGCUGGAGGAUCUCCGGGGGGGUGUGCUGGAUGCAUCCCCUUCCAGAGAAGGCUUUGGGCUCGUGGAGAGCAUCCUGCGCAGCCGAGGGGUCCGUCCUGUUUCCUUCUCGGACUGGCAGAAGAUUGAUGCUGCUGAGGUGGCGAGAGGCAAAGCUGCUGGCAAACCCCGGGAGAAGAUCGUGGAUCCUGCGGAGAUGCUGCAGAUCAUCGGUCACUGAGGCAGCAGUGGUGGGAAAGUGGCACUGCUCCAUCCUGGGGCAACACCAGUGGAUCAUGAGCGGAGCCUGGGAGCGCAGGGCUUGUGUCUGGGACUGGUGGUGGCUCUGGAGGGGUGUGUGACACUGGGGCCUCUCUGGUAACAGUGAACUCUGGGUUCCCAAAGUGUCAAGACCUGAGGCUGCUGGCUGGCCCCACAUUCCUGCAGCCAGCUGCCAUUCCUGGGGGUGAUUCUUGUCUGUCUGAAGCAUUAGUGAAUCAUGCAGUGCAGGAAAAGGGAGGGGUGUGUGCACCUGGGGGACUGCUGGCCAGCCACUUUCUCACAGCAAGUUUCAUGGAGAAGCUUCCCUGUGUCUUGCUGCCUCCCCUUUUAGCCAUAAGCCAAAUGGGUUUGUUGCCUUGUCAUUCAUGCCAGAGCAGGCAUCUUUUAAUAAUGAUUGUUUUUUUUUUUAAAUAAACCCUUCCAGGGAAGCCAAAAUGGACCUGCAGCUUGAGUCUGGCUUCUUUGCCUGCCACUGUCUUAACCUCAGAGCAGCCCCCCAAAGUGCUGCAGCUCCUGUGACAUCCAAGGCAAGGCAGCUCUGGGUGCUCUUGGGAGCUCUACACAAGCAGCAAAGGGCAUCAAUUUGCCUUCUGCUUCCCCCAGUUAAAUCCCAGCAGAGCCUGGGUUCUGUUUUACGGGGUAGAUUGGGAUAACAAGCAUGUAAUUGCCUUGUUCAGGAUGGUGAGGGAUCCUGUGUCCAUGGGCACCUGCCAGUGCUGACUGGUGCAAGCAGUGCUUGAGCUCUUUCUCUCCUUUCACUGGUGGGGUUACAUUUUUUUGCCUGUGUGUUUUGAAGCCUGUUAAAUGCUUCUCUUAGCCCAGAUUGCCUACGGUGACGGUGUCAGGUUUUAAGCCAGAUUACAAACCGUGAGCUGUAAUCUCCUCUUUAUCCGUGGUGCAGGGGCAGCAUCAGCAGGGCCCCUUCCCUGGCUGUCCCCAUCCCCCUUGCUCUUCCCUGCCAGAGCACUGCAGGAUUGCAACCCCUCCUCCUCAGCCUGUGGAAAUGGUGACAGUGGCAGUGGCUCUGUGAUGGAGGCAGAGGGGAAAUCGAGCUAGGGCAGCCUCCACCUCAGCCCAGCCCUCUCUCACAGCAGAGGACUUGCCCACAGGGCACUAUUCUCCCACCUCAUCUCUGUCUCGACUCAAGGAAGGGAGAUCUCUGACUUCUCCCUAUUUUUCCCUUUUCCUCUCCCAUCCUUUUCUAUUUAAAUCUCAUUUGAAAGCUCAUUAAGAAACUCAGGAAAUGUGAUAAUGGGAACUCGUACUCAAACGAGCAA